CGAGCGCGGGACGCCUGGGACGCCACUUCCGGAAGCGCUGCAGUGGCUCGCGGCCGCCGCAGCCACCGAUUGGUUCUCGGAUGGCGUGAGUAGCCCUAAAACAGAUGGGAAAUGCUUUAAGGGAGUGGGGGAUGGAGAAACUGGCUGACCUGCAGGAUUUUCAUAAAGAAGCUAAAAUAGAAAAGUCUGUGAUACUGAUACCACAGUAGCCUCAUUCUUCUACCUGGAGUCAACAUGUCAAAGAAAUCUGAAGCUUCGCUUUCCUUGACUGACUGUCUCUGCCAAAUUUGCAUGGAAAUUUUUGUGGAACCAGUGACCCUACCAUGCAACCACACUCUCUGUAACUCCUGUUUCCAAUUGACAGUAGAAAAAGCAAGCCUGUGUUGCCCUUUCUGCCGCCGACGGGUCUCUUCCUGGGCACGAUACAAUGCUCGCAGAAAUACUCUUAUCAAUUGGGAGCUGUGGGAAAAGAUUCAAAAGAAUUACCCAGAGGAAUGUAAGCACAGAGUUAAUGGGCAAGAUCUGGUAGAAGAACUUUGUAUAUCGCAACCACUGCAUCAGCUAAGCAAGCCUGGUGAGUUGAGAAAGGAAUACGAGGCAGAGAUUAGCAAGGUGGAAGCUGAGAGACGGGCACAUGAACAGGAGGAGAACAAAGCAAGUGAGGAGUACAUUCAGAAGCUAUUAGCGGAAGAGGAGGCUGAACAUAGAUUAGCAGAAGAAAGGCGAAAAGAGAUGGAGGAGCAGCUAAAACGAGAUGAACAGCUGGCAUGGGAGCUGAAUAACAGCCUGAACAAGCACAUAGAGGAGCCUACGAUUCGCACUUCUUCGCUUGCAAACAGUCUUUCAUCUGGCCCCUCCCCAGUUAAUUCAUGCAAGACAAAGAACAAAUCAUGCAACUCUGGAGACAUUCAGAAAUAUCUGUCUCCAAAACCUUGCAGUGCCUUGGUAUCAACAUCGCUCUCUACAGCAAAAGAGCGAGAAAGGAAUGGCUCCUUUUCUAUGGAAAGCAGUAGCACUGAAGACAAAAGAUUUAUAUUGCAAGAAGAUGAGAGAGAGGAAAUGCCAUCUUUAUCUCCACAAACCUUCCUCACCAACUUGCAAAAUACUGAAGUUAAGGAUUCAUUUUUAGAAUCAUGUCUAACUUACUUAAGUGUCCAUACUCCAGUAAGGUCUUAUCCUGUCAAGAGGGAAGGUAUGGCAGAUCCACAAUAUCAGGUAGAUGAAAUUGCAAAUGCAGAAUGGGAAGAACCUGAGACUGGACUUCCUAACUCCACAAGAGAUGUGGCUAGAAGUGCCUCUGAAAAUGAUGAUUUUACAUGUAAAGAAAGCAUAAACUUGGGGAAAACUGCAGAAAAUAGCACUUCUGUUCAGGAAGCAGCAGAUUCUGUUUUUGCCAGCCCCAGUGCAAUACAGAUCUUGAUGAAAGUUUCUGGAAACAAUUCAGGUGAGGGAAAAAUAUCAAAUGGGUUACAGAACACUAACGAGACUCCCAAAAGAAAAUAUUUGGACUCUCCGAUAGAAGCAGCCAUUGAUUCAUGUUUGCUGGAUAAGAGGAGGAAAACUUUUCCAGAAACAUUUGAAGACCAAAAAGAACUGGUAAAUGAUCUCCAUCUGCAAAUACAUAUGGAUUUGGAGCAAAAACUUUUGGAGAGACAUAAGCAAGAGGAGCAGGAUAGACUUCUGGCUCUGGAGCUUCAGAGGCAGAUUGACAAAGAGGAAAGGACACUAAACAGACAGAAGGGGUCUCCAGAUGAGUACCUUUUGCGUACUAAAUUGCCUCCAUCUAAGAAGGAAUCUCCCACUGGCAGAGGAAGUUGUAAGAUGAGAAAGGACUCAAAAUCUCUAAAAAAUCAGACUGAAAUGGCUUGUCGAACCCUGCGAAGAGCUUCCCACAAUGAGAACUGGCAGUCCCCCACCAAGCUCCAACUGAAAUCACCCAGUGUCAGAGGAGGAAAGGUGCUGAACUGUGUUGUCAACAGUUGUGAUUCUCAGGAUAUCCAGUCACGACCCAAGACUAAGCAAAAUACAAUUCUUCAGAUGUUUAAGAGGUCUGUUUCAGAGUAACAGCUCAGUAGAACUGCAAAGCCACAUUUGGCUGGAGGGCAAUUAAAGCUGCUUUAAUACCUUUCUCUGUAUUAGGCAAAGCUUCAUGUGAGCAGCUGAUCUUAAAAUGAUUGUAUUAAGAGGAGAAUCAAUCUGGAACACAAGUGUAUGCACAACUAUACUUUGCUGUUGAGCUGAGGAGCCUCUGAUGCCUUCCUUUUUUCUAUCAGUUUUAAUCUCUUCUUUAUCAAUGUUGCAUCUCUCUUCUUCUGUCCUUAGUAAUACUCUAAGUGUUAGAAGAUGUUGGUGUUUAACAUCAGAACAACUGAUGCCCUCUAUGGUAUAUGGUUGCUUCACAUUGAUACAAGGAAUUAAAGCAUGUCCUUAUUACAAAAGGCUUCAAUUCAAGAUGAAUCUGACCAAAGGGCUACUCUGUAUCUUCAGUUAUUUGCCCACUACAGGGAAUAAGCAGCACAGCCACUCUUCAUUAGGUCAAAAGGCUGGCCUGGAACUUUACCAUGCAUUGCUGCUGGUUGGCAAGGAUGUGACAAGUAGCUAGCUUUGUUAGGAAUACUGUCCUCAGUGGCAUCACUUACAGGUUCCCUGAUGCGUUUGUAGCUACUGUUAGGGCUAUCCGUAUUAGCACUGGGUGAACAAGCAACUGAAUGCACCAUUUGUUUUAAUAAAAAAACCUAUUUUUUAGAGAAAAUAGAAAAAUAAAGGCCCUUUAGCUCUUACAAUAUUUAAAAACAAGGGUCUUCUAUAGAUGUGUCAUUAGUAUUAACAGUUGAAACUGGAUUUAUAAAUGGGAGCCAGUUAUCACAGUCUUUCACUGGAGCCAUUAAAAGAAGAUUUUGGUUUUGUACUGUUUUCUUCCAACAGUUUUAUAUAUAUAGAUUCCAACAGAACCAGGGUUUCAAACUCGGUUACCACACCCAUCCAGAUCUGGACCACAGGGUUUCUUGUAGGCUGCAUCCAGAUCCGCCUGCAAUUGUAGGGCAGGCUGUGUCUGGGUUAACUGUGGGUGCUUGAGCCACUAUGUUAGCUCAAGGAGAUACAGGGAUUAAAGCAGCCAUGUUCGCCUCAUUCCCAAAACACAUCCCCAACGGGGCUCUGUUCCCCAGAAUUUGCUGGCAGGGGUACAGAAUUUUGCCACUGCAUAGGUGUCCCCUCUGCUUUUUCAUCAAAUUAGUUGCACUGUUAUAGACUAGAAAAAUGCUGAGAGGUGAGCUUAUGACAGGCUACAGAUAUUAGUUAAGAUUAAGGUUUUCUUGUUUAUCUGUAUUCCUUUGCCCUUAUUAUGAAACUGAAACUGACAUUUACAUUAUGAAAAAACAAAAAUCAACUAUUGUUUUGUUUUGAAUUAACAUUUUUUACAAAAAAAAAUAGCCUAUAAUACUGAAGGAUUUCUGUAGGUAUUCACUAAAUAUAUUAAUCAGUAUUAUAAAUAGAUUUAAGUUUGGUUCUUAUAUUUUUCUGAACUACACAGUUUGGGAUUACUUAUAACAAAAGCUUUCAGAACUAAAACUAAAAAUGAUGUUUUGAAUCUAAGUUUAGUAUUGGCCUUUCGGCUCAGUUCAAGUUUAAUAAAUUAAACCUAUUCUUAACAUCAGUUUUCAAGAUUAAAGCCCAAGACAUUCCAGAGUCACAGUAAAUCUGUUUCUCCUGACUUAAAAUAGCUUUGAACACUACAGACCUUGUACCCUGAAUUGAUUUUGUCAUCUUUUUAAUAAGGAAGACUUAACAAGAUUACACUUUACUAUAAACAACAUUUUGAAGUAGUCUGGGGGAAACGUGAACAGUUGAGACAAGCCACGAGUCUGAGUGAUUUUUGCCUUCGGGUAUUUAUGACAACAGUGUUUGGGGAGCUUUAUGUACAUAGAUGGCAACUUCCCUGAAGACCAUUUCAAAUUAACAAAUGCAGUAAGGUGAGAUGAUGCAACAUAAAGAAAUGCUCUUGGCUUUGCCCCUCUUAUUGCUGCCUCGCCCAUUGUGCAAAAGCUUUCACUUGUUAUAUAAUUUAAAAAAAAAUAAAGUACCUCACUUAUUUU